AUGGCCGGAAAAGGCGAAGGGCGUGCAAUCGGGAUCGAUUUGGGGACCACCUACUCGUGCGUGGGCGUGUGGCAGCACGAGCGUGUCGAGAUCAUAGCCAAUGAUCAAGGUAAUCGCACGACGCCGUCAUAUGUCGCUUUCGCCGACGGAGAGCGUCUCAUCGGCGAAGCCACGAAGAACCAGGCUGGCGUGAAUCCCGCAAAUACGGUCUUUGAUGCCAAGCGGCUGAUCGGGAGACGAUACAGUGACGAGUCUGUGCAGGCUGACAUAAAGCUGUGGCCGUUCAAGGUUGUCUCGGGCCCCGCCAACAAGCCAAUGAUUGUGGUCUCCCACAAGGGUGAGAAGAAGCAGUUUCCCCCAGAGGAGGUAUCGUCAAUGGUCCUUACCAAGAUGGCCGCCAUUGCCGACUCAUAUCUGGGCCCCACCCCCGUCCGGGAUGCCGUCAUCACCGUCCCCGCUUACUUCAGUGACUCUCAGCGACAGGCCACCAAGGACGCCGGUGCCAUUGCCGGCCUCAAUGUCAUCCGCAUCAUCAACGAGCCCACUGCCGCUGCCAUUGCCUAUGGCCUUAACCUCAACUACAAGGCAGCUGACGCCGCCUGGGCAGAGAAGAAGAACGUGUUUGUCUUCGAUUUAGGCGGUGGCACCUGCGACGUCUCCCUCCUCACGAUUAAUAAGGGUACCUUUGAGGUGAGGGCCACCGCCGGCGACACUCAUCUUGGCGGGGAAGAUUUUGACAACCGCAUUGUCGCACACUUUGCCGACGAGUUCAGGCGCAAGUACCGCAAGGACCUCUCCAAAAACCCCCGAGCCCUUCGGAGCCAAAACAGAAGCAGCGCAUAUCAGAUUUUGGGAGACCUACCUGAACAGAACGAACAGCCGCAAGGGAGAAGACAGAAAAGGAUUUUGGACGAGCAGCAACCUCAAGAUCGUAGCCUGAUCAACUAUUGUCUUGUGCACUUAAUCUAUUGCUUGGUGGAUAUUGAGUCGGAUUUAGAUGAUUUAUCUAUCGUUAAUUUGGGUGCCUACGACAGCACGACCACAGCCUGCGAGAGGGCAAAGAGGACUCUCUCGACAAACACUCAGACCACUGUGGACAUUGAGUGCCUGCACGAGGGCAUUGAUUUCCACUCUAGCAUUACCCGUGCUAAAUUCGAGGAUCUCAACAUGGACCUGUUUGAAAAGUGCGUCGAGUCAGUCGAGAGCUGCCUGAGAGACGCUAGGGUGGACAAGACUGCAAUCCAUGACGUCGUCCUGGUUGGCGGCUCGACCAGGAUCCCCAAGGUUCAGAAGAUGCUGCAGUUUAUUUUCGAGGGAAAGGAGCUAUGCAGGAACAUUAACCCGGAUGAGGCCGUUGCAUACGGGGCCGCUGUGCAGGCGGCCGUCCUAAGUGGCAUAGUGAACGACAAGGUGCGGGACAUCGUCCUCCUCGACGUCACCCCUCUCUCCCUUGGAAUAAAUACUGUCGGGCAGGUCAUGUCUAUUGUGGUCCCUCGGAACACGACUAUACCCACACACAAGGAGCAAACAUUCCACACAAAUGAAGAUAACCAGGCAUCUGCGGAUAUCUUCGUCUACGAGGGUGAGCGGGCAAGGUCAAUAGAUAACAACCUGCUCGGGAAGUUCACACUGAAGGGAAUCCCACCUGCUCCACGCGCCGAGCCCAAACUUGAUGUGUGCUUCAAAAUUGACGCCAAUGGGAUACUGAGCGUGUCGGCCAAGGAGAGGUCGACGGGCAGAACAAACGGGAUAACUAUAACCAACGAAGAAUGGAGGCUGUCGAAAGAGGAGAUUGAUAGGAUGGUGUGGGAUGCCGCGAGGUACAGGGAGGAGGACGAAGAGUUUAAGAGGAGGGCCAAAGCCAGGAGCAGCCUCGAGAAUUUUUCUUAUGAAAUGAGGAACACGGCUAGGGCUGCAGCCGGGCGGUCGGUGGCCGAAAGGAGAAUGGUUGAGGAUGCGGCGGUGUCGGUUAUUGAGUGGGUGGAGGAGAAUGGGAUGCAGGCCGAUGUGGAUGAUCUCAAUCAUAAGAUGAGGGAGCUUGAGCUUGUUUGCAACCCUAUUCCAAAAGUGGAUAUCGACUCCGACUCCGACGACGACUCCGAUGGAUGGUAG